UAUUGUGAUAAAUUUUAGUUACGUGAUUCAAUCGAUUGUCGUGAAAAUAAUUUACGAAACAGUUUUGAAGGAUGCAAUAAAACUAAUUUCAUACGUAUAAUUUUAAAUGCAAUUACUGAAAAAUAUUACUAAAUAAAACUAAUUAACAUUUGAAGUAUUUGUUGAUAUUAAUAAAAGAAGCAUUCAGUUUACUGUAAGAGAAUUUCAUAUGUCACUAUGGUGAAAUACUUGAAUCAAACGGAAAGCAUCAAUGUAGACAAAGAUUUAUUUGAGAAAUAUAAAUUUAGUGUCGAUCAAUUAAUGGAACUUGCUGGCCAAAGUUGUGCUAUUGCUAUUGCCCGUACUUAUCCAUCACUUAAAAACUCUACACAAAAGAUUUUAAUUUGUUGUGGUCCAGGAAACAAUGGUGGUGAUGGACUUGUCUGUGCUAGACAUUUAAAACAAUUUGGAUAUUUACCUGAAAUUUAUUAUCCUAAAAAGACAAACAAUACGUUAUAUGAAAAUUUGCUACAUCAGUGCAUUGAAAAUGAUAUUCCUUUGCUAGAAGAUAAUGUAGAAUACAUUGCUUCGAAGCAAUUGCAUCAAUUUGGUCUUAUAGUAGAUGCAAUAUUUGGAUUUAGUUUUAAACCACCUGUAAGGGAUACAUUUAUCCCUAUUAUUUGUCUGUUGCAAAAUACAACUAUUCCAAUUUGUAGCAUAGAUAUACCAUCAGGUUGGAAUGUUGAAGAAGGACCACCUACAGAAGGUGGGAUAAAACCAGAGAUGCUUAUAUCGUUAACAGCACCAAAAUUAUGUGCUAAAAAAUUUGAAGGAAAAUACCAUUACUUAGGUGGCCGAUUUGUUCCUAAAAAAUUGAAUGAAGCAUAUAAUCUCAACUUACCUGAAUAUCCAGAAACGGACUCAAUUCUUUUAUUAAAUUAAAUCUUUGUGUAAAAUUUAAUUAUUUGCUUUUUUUGUAUACGAAUAUAUUUGAAUAUUAAUAUGCGCAAUAUGUACAAUAAUCGAAAAUAAAAU